UGUUCUCCACGAACAUAGCACAUACAUACUUGCUAUCGUCAUGUAUAUGUAAUAUCUAUAUAUACAUAUAUGUAUUUGAUCGGUAGGAAAAUAGGCGCUUGGAAGGGGAAACCAGCGCGUCAAGCGCAUGAGGGAGCCCUCGUUUUGUUUCCCGCGAACAUACAGAUUGUUCAAGAUUAUUUGAUGCAUAAUAUUGUAGUAAGCGUUUAUAUAUUUUCUCGCUUGAACUGUUAAGAAUUACUCGGUAAAGGUAUCAAACUUUGAAACGAACCAGUAUGGAAACAUUGUUGCCGUCGGAAGUAGCACGACUUGUUCUUGGAUACCUUGAAGAUGAAAAAUGUGUCGAAGCUGCCAAAACAUUUUUAGAGACGUCACCGCACUUACAAGAAUGUCGUACAGUACUAUCCAAGGGAAGACGAUUCAGCACCAGAGUAGGUGGAAUGACAUUAAUGGAUGUCAUAGAAAAAUUUUUUGCAAUCACUGCAGCAAUUCAAGAGCGUCUCAGCAAAAUUGCAGAUUGCGAUCAGUUGAGACACUGUGGGGAUUCAUUGGAGCAAUUAAAAUUUCUUGUUGAAGAAACGCGUGGUCAACGAUUUGUAGUUAAUAUAAAUGUUCCUUCACAGGCUAAUGCCCAAAUAAGUAAUGGAUCUCCAAUAAUAUCCAGUAACGUUCGUAAAAGACGUCAUAGCAACAGUGAUCGUGAACGAUGCAAGCGUGUAAAAGUAGUAUCAAAUGCAUCCCAGCAGUUGGAAUUUCCAGUUUCUAUAGGUUCCGACAGCAUAGAAGCAACGCUAUUAGAAAGUUUACCAGGUCAUGCUGUCACGUCAUGUCGAUCCAACUAUGAUGCUUACACAAAGGGGGAAGACCACAAUGCGUGUCAACAAAAGUACCGAGAUGGCGAUCAAGAUGAUAGAAACAUGGAAACGGAUGGUCUUGGUGAUAAUGCAUUCAAAGAUGACAACAUAGGAAAUUUCUGUACAUUUGAAAAAUGUAGCGCAGCUACAAGCACAGAAGAGUUAUUAAGUUAUUCGUGCGCAGAAGUUCAGACCACUCCAUAUGAUACACACGAAUCCGAAUCAGAAACCAAUGACGAACCUAUAGAAAAUCUCAGUUUACUGACAAAAGAGCUUUUAAAUCGUACUGAGUUACAAGAACGUAUUGCAGAAAAUAUUAAUAAAGCUAUACUACCAACAGAUAUAUCUGCGAAAGACGAAAUUCUGAAUGAUACGAUCAACUGCGAAGCAAACUCCUCUAUUGUGAUCGAGUCGAAUAACGCAAUUAAAUCUAUAGUUGAAGCAACGGAAUCUGAUCCAAUAUUUGAAAAAUUUCUCGAUGAAAUAAUUGGGCCAUACACAGAAACCGACACGAGUCCGGACGAAGAUAUGGAAGUCAAACCAAAAGCGAAACUUUCGAAUGAUUCCCGAGAAAAGCAACAAGAAACGAAUACAGUGGAACUCGGGACGUCUUGGAUAGUAGAAAAAUUAUCAAACGAGACGGAAGCGGAAGAUGUUGUAGAAGUACCCUUAAAACAUAGACUUCGCAGUUCAUCGAGACAACAAAAUGCUCGCAUUGAAGACGAGCUACGCGAUCAAGAGAAAGAACACAAUGCUCUAGAAGAUCAAAAUGCUGCAGCGAUUCUAAGUAUAAUAAACGCAAAUAUUAUCAGUAGUAAAUCAUCGGAUGACAAAAAAGUCUCAGAUGUUACGAAAGAUGUACGUUUGGAAAACGAAAGUGAAAAGAAGUUGACAAUUUCCGAACAGUUUCCGAACAAGGAUAAGAUAACCGAGAUGAAAUCAGUACGCAUUGAUACCGAAAAAGACUGUGGUAAUGACAAUAACAAUACAAACGGCAAUAACAAUGAUAAUGAAAAUGGUAAUAGUAAUAGUAAUGGCAAUGGCAAUAAUAACGAUGCAAUUGUUCACUGUAAUGAUGUUGAAUCGAAAAUGAAAAAAUCAUCGGUGAAACGAUCGCGUGUCGCAAAGCCAAAACACGAGACAGAAGUCAACAAUAGAAUGAACGAACACAAACACGAUCAAGAUAUAAUGACAAUGCCAAUGUUGAUAGUAUGCUCGAAGCAGGAGCCGAGCAACGUGCUCACUGCAAGUUCUAACGUUACGUCCAUUAGCAAUUCCCGCUUUGUUCCUAUUAUGCCUAAAGAUGCGACAACGUUGUAUUUAAAGACUGUGAAUGUAGCUCAAAAAGUACAAGCACCAAUUUCCAACACUCUUAACGAGUCGAAGAAUUUAAUUGUUUGCGCGAACGCAGCUUUACAAGCAUGUCAGAAAGGAUUCGUUAAAAUGAACUGUACAUCGAAAGGUACAUCUAGAAUCAUUGAUAAUUCGGUCGCAAAUCCUGAUGUGUUUAGUAGUAGCAACAAUAACGCCGAAAUUGCAACUACUAAUAAAUUUCUCACUGAGGAAUCGAUUACUCUUUACGGGAAUGAAAACAGUGCAAAAACUCUAUUGGAUAGUUCGAAUUUACCCACGAUAAACUUAGAAGAUAGCAUCAGUUUGUCAGGCACGGAGCUGUCUCCGUACAUAAAGUUCAAUUGCAAUAAAAAUAAUCAGAAUCAAAGCUUGUCGGAUAUCGACUUGACGCCCGUCAUCCAAAACGUGCAGAUUGCUGACACGAUACAUACAACCAUUGGCCUCGAUGAUCAACAACCUUCUACUUCCAAUUUGAAGACAACAGACCACGAUAUCAUCAAUAAACGCACACCUAGAUCUUUGCUGAGAAGUAGAUCGAAGAAUCACAGAUUAAGUUUAUCGACGCCCAGAAAGAGAAGCAAUCACGUAAGAGCACUCGAUUUUAAUACUCCGUCAAAGAUGAUGAUCAUGUCGAAUAAUUUAAUCGAGAAGAACGAGAAUACUCGUCUCUCGUCUAGAUCUGGACCAGCAAAACACCUUAAAUCCGUGCGCAGAACGUCUCUGUUCAGAUCACCGUCUUUCUCCAGUCACGUUACAAUGAGCACGCAUAAACUGAAAAGUCCAUUGAGACAUUGUCGACUGUCAUCCAAGCUUCCCAUUGCAACGAAGGAACCCGAGCCAAAACUUAUUGGUGGUUGGGACAAAUGUAACGGAGUGGGUAUAAUUAUCGACAACAAAGAAGAUUUGUCGAAUCAAAAUGCGGCGCCCAUAAUGGCCUCGAGCGAAACUAACAGUAAAACUCGACCCAAGACGACGAAAACAAAUAACAUUUGGGAUGCAGAUUUGCGAAAAUCUUUGCAAAUCCCGACAGAAGAGUGCCGGAAGACGCGAAAAGUUUCGAAAUUGCCAAAAAUCAAAAGAGUCGAGUCUACAAAAGAUAAGACGGUAGCAUCGCGAAAAGUUAAAAGGAAAGAUGCGUCACGGAUUCUCAAAGAAACCAGUCAAAGUAGUCUUCUUUCAAACGACACUACAAUCAAUAAAAUCGUUGCCUCAUCGGUCCAAAAUGAUACUGUUACUUGUAACGUUGUUGCGAAAAACGAGAUCGGUGCAUUGAAGCCAGUUAGUCACGAUGUUCACCGGCACGACGAUGAUAAUACUAAACCUGUUCACAAAGAAACGGAAGAGGAACAGCGGCAGCGCCAAUCAUCGAAAACCGCAGAGGCAACUAACGAACAGAAGCCUGUAAAGAAAUACGCACAGUUGAAAACAUUGGAAACCAAUUUGAAUAAAUGUAAUUCCAAUAAGAAAACGUCUUUGGAUGCUUUGCAUCAAUGCUCAGAUUUGGCAAAGGCUUCCGUGGAUAUCGCGCAGCAGAUGCUACAGCAACAAAUACCCAAUUUAAUGGCUCUGGAAACACCAAGAAAAUUUCAAAAUUCCGAAGUACCACCGACACCAAGAUUGCUCAGCCCCAGCAGUAACGCAACCCUGUUUCCAAAAAUUAACGAGGACUCCAGUAAGAUACGUAGUUUCAUAAACACGCCGGAAUUUCCGAGAACACCUUGCAUAGCAUUAACUCCAAAACUCUCAAACGAAAGUAUUACCGCAGAGGACGCAGAGAAAGAAGCAUUUCACAGUUGUUCUCCAUACUAUAAACCAACGUCCGAGCAAGACGAACAUUUGGAUAAAUCAUCGAAGAUACCUAAACUAGGGAAUAAUUUCGAGAAUUCAUCUAAAUUAGUGUCACAGGUUUCGAUGCAAUCUGUAUCGUCGUCCCAUGAUAUCAAGAAAUCGACGAACACCUAUCAAACCUGUGUGUCAGCAAAAUUAGAGAUAACACAAUUCGAAGUGAUCAAAGAGAAUCUACCGAAAGAAGAAGCAGUGAAAGAAUUUAAGAUAUCUCUGGCUGAUUCGCCGAUUCGUUAUGCGAAAUACAAAUCCGAUUGUGCAAAGGAUAAAGCUGUAAACAUUGUUUUGGCGAAAAACAAACAUCUACCAAUCGAGGAUGAUAAAUCAGUCUUAAACAAGGAAGAAUCGAACGACAAUGAUACAGCCUCUGUUGCAUCGUGUUCGUCCUCCUCUUCUUCCUCUUCUUCAUCUUCCUCUUCCUCUUCAUCUUCCUCUUCUUCCUCUUCGUUCUCUUCUUCACCGACGUCUUUGUCUGCAUUAGCUUCAAAACCAUUUAAUUUAAAUCGUUCAAAAGCCACGAGCGCAACGGACAAAUCACCCGCCAGCAAAAAGUGCAAUAAACUUUCUAGUCAAAUUUUACAUUCGGAAACAUUAAUCUCAGAAACUAAUUCGCCAAAACCAAAAGUCAAAAUUAUGGAUAUACCGUGUACGACUCAUACAAAACAAACUAUGAUCGCCUUAAGAAAGUGCGAAUCGUCGCCGACAAAAGUACUUUCGAUAUUCAAGAACGAUGAAGAUUUGAAAAACGAUACAAAAGAAACUCCUGCGAAAGAUGAAUUUCUGUUAGACGAAGCAAACAUCUCGGAAACUCCCAGCAGUUCGAAAGCAGGUGUUGAACAUCUGACUAAUUUAUCUUCAAAAAUUUCGGCGUUCAUAACUUUGGAGGAUGAGAAAUUACCUAAAUUGAAUGAAGACUUUCCUGUAGAUGAGUGUACCACGGAAAAGUUAAAGCAGAAGCCUAUGAUAGUUGAUAUACAAUGUCUGAGUUCGAAAAUGAAUUCAAAUUCGAAUCCAUAUCUUAGCCACAAGCUCUCUACUAAACCUGUGGCAAAGCGUUCCAGUAGUAGCAAACUAGUAGUAGUUUCGCAAUUAGAAGCGAAGCGCCGACGUGUAAUUGCGAAAUUUCGAGAAAUCUCCAAGCCCAAUUCAUCUCGUGGUAAACUUCAACAGUCGCGCAUUCUUUUAAGUGGUAAAAAGAAUAGCAAUUCGAAGAAAGCAUGCAGUCAAUACAAACGUUCCGGAAAGAACGGCGAACAGAUUAAGGAGAAACAGGCUAAAAGAAACAAAGUGAACAAAUCCGAAGAGUCCAAUAAUAAUAACAACAUCAACAACGGUAACAGUAAUAGUGUCGAUGAUAACGUUAACAGCAAUACCGUCGUUGGUGAUAAUAAUAGCAAUAAUAAUGAACGUAACGAUAGCGAUGGCAAAAAGAAAUACUCGUCUGUACAGGGUGUGCUAAAAGUAGAAAGAUGUAGUUUGGAGUAUUCAAAGAGACACAACGAAGCAACAAACUAUAGCGAAGAAACAAGCAUCGUGUGCAAUGAAACCUUAACAUUGGAAACUAUAGAGUAUUCGACUACCAAAACGAUAAAUACAUUGGAAAAUUUGACCAUCGGCGAAGAUGCGAACAACGUGGAAACGAACGAUGGAGUUCACAUACGAGAGAAACAGUUGAAUUCGCCCGAGUUUGAAAGGAAAAAUGAAAUUUCUAACACGACUCUCAUAGACAAGAAACAAACGGAAACAAAAACAAUAGAAAUUGAGUCAAGCAACAUAGCCGAUAACAAUGAUUCGCAAGAGAUCAAGACUGAUCAGCACUCUUUAAGAAACGAAAAUAAUCCAAUUAGGGAAAACACGCGUCAAACAAUAGAAAUUGAGUCAAGCAAUAUAGCCGAUAAUAAUGGUUCGCAAGAGAUCAAGUCUGAUCAGCAUUCUUUAAGAAAUGAAAAUAAUUUAAUUAAGGAAAACACGCGUCGAACGAAGGAGUAUCCGAGUUGUCGCGGUAUUAAAGCAAUCGGCAUUUUAAAGUCCAAGGUGGAUCUGGUAAAACGAGAUUUGUUUAGCGACGAAGAAAACGAACAGAGAACUUCGGGUCCGUUCAAGUUUACGAACAGCAACGGAGAAAAUGAUAUCGUUGUAGUGUCCACUAAGAGCGUCGAGUCAGAAAAUCCGAAAGGCUUGUCGCGCGUCCUUCAGUGUUUGCAGCUGAUUCCUACCUGCAAAAACGAACAUGCAGGUGGGACCGUAUCCACUAUGCCGACUGCAUCGAUCCCGACAACUGCGACUACCGAAUUCAGACGCAAAAAUAAUCGUGGGACUGAUCUAAAUGCGCUGAUGCCUAAUUCGGUCGAGUAUCAUUUCCAAUAUGACGACAAUGCUCCAUUUAAGAAAAGGAGACGUAGGUACAGUAGUCAAGAGUUAGAGUUUCAAAUCAACAUUGUCCUGAACGAUCAAAGUCGCGACGAAUGCAUGAAAGUAAUGACCGCUACCAACUAUGAAGAAAUAUUUAACAUGUCCCCGAAAUCGAGAAAACGAUCGGGUAAUAGAAAAUCACCUGUCAAAACUAAUUUAUUUCCCAUUCAAGUCCACGAAAACGUAGAUAAACCACCUGUUACGUUAACAAUAGCAAAUAUCAAUAGCAAGCCUCUGGCCACAUCGUCUCCCGUAGAUAAGGUGCCGAGAUCCAAGAUGAAAAAACUCUCUGUAAAAACUGUACAUGCGACAAAUGAAAAAAAUCAAAUAACCCAAUUAAAUAACAGGAAAAAAACGAAAUUUGAUAAAACUCGUGAAACCGAUAACAAUUGUACUGCGAAGAUUAUCCGAAGAAAGUUGCCAGAGCUAAGAGAAACCAAGCAGAAACAAACCACAGCCACCUGUUUCAGAUCGAUAAACGACAUUAUACAACGGACCCGCAAACGCUAUUGAACAACAUAGACUUGGAGAAAUUUUUAACGUCUGUUCACGGACCUGCGUAACAAUGUAUUAUAGAGACAAUCCAAAUAUCCAAAUGACAGAGAACAAAGUGUCAACAAAAGUCUAUCAUCUAGCCAUAUAUACAGUGGACAUUUAAUACA